GCCGCAACCACCUCCGCCACCGUGGACUCCGGUAGCUUUCUCGCCAGAGUCCUCGAACUCUUGCUUUCUUUUUAAUCCACUGCAUCGGAUCACCGGCGUGCCCCAUCAUGUCAGACGUGGCUGUGGACACCAGCUCCGAGAUCAUCACCAAGGACUUAAAGGAGAAGAAGGUUGUGGAGGAGGCAGAGAAUGGAAGAGACGCACCUGCUAAUGGGAACGCUGAGAAUGAGGAAAAUGGGGAGCAGGAGGCCGACAAUGAGGUAGAUGAAGAAGAGGAAGAAGGUGGGGAGGAGGAGGAGGAAGAAGAGGAAGGUGAUGGUGAAGAAGAGGAUGAAGAUGAAGAUGAGGAGGCUGAGGCAGCUACCAGCAAACGGGCAGCUGAAGAUGAUGAGGAUGAUGAUGUUGACACCAAGAAGCAGAAGACUGAUGAAGAUGACUAGACAGCAAAAAAGGAAAAGUUAAACUUAACAA